CCCAGAGAGAGUCAGAAUAAGAGGUCCCAACUCCUGUCCCCCCAGGAGGCAGCCUCUGCCUCCAUCUUCUGAGUUCUUGUGAAAAGAGAAGGUGGUAAGAACAGUACCAUCUCCCUGGGAGGACCGUACGGGCAUCCCUGUAGCUCCUGAGGACCCACUGGGUGCUUCUCACCUUUGUGGAGGAAAAGAUGUGUUGGAAAACAUUGCUGCUUCUGCUGUUGUGUUACGAUGCUCAGGCUACUGUAUCCCACAGGUGGAGCAGGGCCGUCCUCUUCCCUGCUGCCCAUCGGCCAAAGAGGUCCUCAUCAAUGCCCCUGAAUCCCGUCCUGCAGAGCUCCCUGGAGGAAGUGGAACUGCUCUAUGAGUUCCUGCUAGGUGAACUUGAGAUCAGCCCGGACCUAGAGAUCUCCAUCAAGGACGAGGAGCUCGCCUCCUUGCGGAAGGCUUCGGACUUCCGCGCCAUCUGCAAUGCCGUCAUCCCCAAGCGCGUCCCUGACAUCCGCAGGCUGAGCGCCACCCUCUCCAGCCAUCCUGGCGUCCUCAAGAAAGAGGACUUUGAAAGGACAGCGCUGACCCUGGCCUACGCAGCCUACCGCACAGCCCUGUCCCAAGGGCAUCAGAAGGACAUCUGGGCCCAGUCCCUCCGUAGCCUCUUCCAGGCCCUGAGGCGUGACUUGAUGCGGUCCUCAGGCUCCAGAGUGUCUCCCUGAGAGACGCCCGCACCAGCAGGGCCCAGCAUACACACUAAUCCAGAAAUUCUUCAUUUUCAGAGACCAGCAGCAAAACAUGUGCCACCCACUCAGAGUAGCAGAGAUAAUUAAGCCCGAUGCUCUUUGCCCCUUGUAGCUUCUUGACAAGCACACCUGAUUCAUGUCAUACAUAAUGUGAUGUAGGCUGGAAGAAAGGGCUGGAGUGGUCAUUCAAGAUGACUCCAGAGGCCGAACGGGUUGCCUGGUGACAUGCAGAGUCUAAGAUACGCUUCAACACUGAGUGCCUGCCACAAAUACCCAAGAGUGAGGACAGAACUGGAGGAGACAUCAUAGAGGUUUGAGCAUGGUGGGAAGAUGGGGGACAGAUUUCUUUGGUUCUAAGAGAUCAGGGUGCGGGGUUGAAUGAACAUCUUUCUGAAGGUUCUGUAGUAAGAAAGAAGCUAGAGCCACAGCCAAAUAAAUACAGUGUUAGCCAAGGAUAUACUUCUCAACUUUUCCAAAAGUCGCUGAAAGGAAUCAGUUAGAAAAUCGGUAAUUUGAUGACCUAUAUGUCUUGACCCUUCUUAUCUGAAGGCCGGUCUAAAACAGAGAAGAAACAUGAAGGGGGGCGGGGGGCACAGAAAUGCUACAAAAGUCAUGCCUGUCUUUUGAGCAGAGAAAGCAAGCUAAUGCAGAGAGGGUCACCUUAAUGAGGAAGUGGUACCAACAGCCAUGCCUUUCUAUCCUAACACUAAAAUUAUGCAGCAGCAUCAGAGAAUGAAGUGCUCCAAAUAAAAUCCUAAAUGAUUUUCAGGUGACAGAUUUUUUUGGCCCUUACAAAUGCCAAGUUUUCAUUUUAGCAGCAUUGAUUUGAUAUAGUUUGAAAUUAUACAUACGAAAUUCCUGAAGCUUUUAUUUUGCAUCUUUGAAACAUUCUAAGGAAGGAGGUGGAAAACAUAAUCUCUAAGAUGCCUGGACUUCUGAAAUUUCCACAAUCAUUUCCCUAACUGUAAGAUAUUACAGAGAGGACGCCUGGACCUAAGGGGGCUGCUGGACUAUUUGUACCAACACUGGAAAGUCCAUGGCUUUGCUAAUUGUGUAUCUGGUCUGAGUUUUUCUGCUGCCUUCCUCACAGUCGGGCUAUAAGAGGUGCAUUUUCUUUAUGACCGAUAUCACUUGCCCUUUAUAUUUUGUUCUUUCUUAGCUGCCAUCACCUAAAAAACAAGAUAGCUGGGCUUGUUAUAAUUUUAUGUUAAAUAAGAGUUAAUAGGUGAAGUACCUGGGUUCUAAUAAAGAUCCCUCACCAGUCAGAGGUCUCUCCGGCUUCUCCUAGGUUUGCAGCUGGGUCCUGAAGCCAGGGUAGCAAUGAAUAGGUGAGGAUGCAUUGGGCUAAAUUUGAUUCUGAAAUGAGUAUUUAACAAUUGCCAUUCGAUGAUGACAAAAGCUGGUCUGGAUUUCUGUAAAAUCUUUGUAAAACUGAGCUUUGCCUAGCGGGAAGAGAAAAAUAGAGCUUUGCAUUCUAAUGUUCUCAGGCUCAGAAGUUUAAUAACUGACUCUCUUUCUUAUUCCCUGAUUAUACUGUUCCUUUACCUCCCUCAAAUGCAGACUGAUAUAUGCUUUUUUGUUCAAUUUUUGUCUUUCUAAUACUGCGUGUUCUCUACGACAUGUUCACUUUGCUCGUUGUUGGUGUCUCUGCUGCUCUAUCUUUGGGUCUGAUUCAGAUUAUCUUUGCAUCCAUUUGACAUUUGCUCGCUCUAUCUCUGCCAGCCCGCAUUCAUUCUCUGACGCACACUGGCUUUCGGUCUCCUUUGGGUAUCACUGUCUGACUAAAACAAAGGUCGGUGUACAGGCAGGGUGGCGAUUGCCCAGAAGGCAGAUGAGCCUCACAAUCUAUCUUCACUCUCGGUACUUUCCCUUGAUGUGGGUUGGGGAGGGGCGUCAGUAGAGGGCUCAGUCCCCACCACUCUAUAAGAAAUACCCUGGCCAUCAGAGUCUUGCAUCACACCCUGUGAUUCCGCCCCAUCAGAAGGGAUCUCAGAGCUUCCCUUCAGUCACCAGCUGGGAAGACCCACCCUGGUAAUUCCUGCUUCCCAGGCCAUCAUACACAUGGCUGCUCCCGGGAGCAGGACAUCCAUGGUGGAAGGGUAGCUCCCAGACCAGUGACAGCAAUGGUCAUUCAUUCACCCUGCAACAAAAAAUUAAAGGCACUGUGCUUUUGUGCUCGUAAAUCAGGGCGCAUGUAUGUGGCAAUAUAUGACUGAAAAAAACAAAAACAAGGAAGGCAUGACCUUUUUUAAAGACAAAUAAAAAUUUUAUUUUCAGUAACUAGAUGCUUAAAACACUAUUUUAGUCUGAGUAUAAAUUGCUUACCCACAAAAAGUUUUAUAACAAUGGCUUCAUUUACAUGCAAAAUCAAGUAUUAUGCUCAUGACUGACACCCAAAAGCCUGACUCUUUGCCCAGUGAACAGGGAAGUAAAAAGACUGGACAGAAACAGAAUCUUGCAUUUUGCCUCAUUAAUACCACCACACUGUACAUACCGCAAUCACAACCAAGUCAUAUUUUAUCAUAUUUACUCAUAAACAGAAUAAAUUUGGGGUGUGACAUUUGUAGUAGAAACUUGCCUGUGACUUAUGGAACCAAUUCUGCCAUUUCUAUACUGCUGGGAAAUAUGAGGAUCUAUAAAUUCUGGAAGUUUCCUCUAGAGUUGGCAUCCUCACAGCUACCUCUGAUGUCACUCAAGAGACAUUGAAAAACAUCUCUGCGCUGAAACUUUCAUUGCUCUGUCAUCUCACCUUGAAUCCAGCUAAGAGUAUCACAUACUGGUAAAUCAAUCAGAAGGUAUUCCCACGGGUAAACUGGUCUAAAAUCAAAUGCUUGUUAAAUGACUUUCUAUGGUACCCCUUACUCUCCAAACCCAUUUUAAUGUCUGACUUUUUGUGUGUGUGGGAAAAAAGCACAACAUGAAUUUACCCUCUGAACUAUUUUUAAGUGGACAGUACAAUAAUGUUGACUAUAUGCACAUCGUUCUGUGUUCAGAUCUCUUUUCAUCUUGCAAAAAUCGUAGCUAUGGAACAACAACUCCUUUUUCCCCUCUCCCCCAGGCCCUGGCAACUGCCAUCCACUUUCUGUUUCUAAGAAUUUGACUACUUUAGAUACCUCAUAUAAGUGGUAUUUGUCUUACAUUUCUUUAAGCCUUGUAUUCUGGAAAAUGUUUUCCUCAUCUGAAAAAAAUGGAUAGAGUACUGAAGAAGAACUACUGGUCUUAAUGUGUCAUUCACCUUCCCUAAUUUUAUUUAACAAAUAUUCACUAAUGGUGUAAUAAAUAUGACAUGAUCGAGUUACUAGGCUCAGUGGAAUCUUUUGUUAUCUCAGAUUUUCUCACCAAGGAAUUUUGAAGUGGUUCAUGGAUUUAACGUAACGUUGAUUUCCACAGUUAUUUAUUAUUCAUCCAGUCUCUUUUAAUAUUUGCCACCAAAACGUUGUACGUGCAGUAUUAUUCAUGCUGAGUUUCAAAAUCAUCACAGAAAUAAGGCCUGAAUGUAGUAAAGACAGUAGCCAGUUUUUAACAUGCAUUUAAAGAGAUAAGUCAUCAUAGCCCAUCCUAUGAUGGCAUGAUAAUUUCUAAGGGGACCUAGGAUGUCCACGGCUGCAACUGCCUUAGAAGUCAAGAAGAACUGGUUUUCUAGAGUCCCUUCUCCAAUUACUUUACAUUUACCCUGGGGAUCAUUUCCAACUGGUAUAGCUGUAGACCUUGGAACGCCAUUCCUUGCAUUCCGUAAAUUCAAGAGAACCUGGGUUUCACAACCUUUAAUUCUCCUCAGCCUCUCUCAGAUCAAGGCAAUGUUGCUGAAGACCACCACUUAUGGAACAUUUGGGGUUGUCUUUCUUUCUUUUCUUCCUUACCCCAAAUCCACAUGGCCUUUCUGAGAAAGGCUAACAGCAUCUCCCUAUCUAUAAGCAGCAGAAAGUCGAGUCCAGCUGCUGGCAAGGGCCUGUCCCUGAACUUGUCAGUUUCUUCCUUGCCUUCCCACCUCCUCCUUGCAGCCCAGCCAAACGAAGCCUUCUGCUUCUUUUUUGGUAAAAAGCCUCUAAGAGAAGCAUUUGAGCACCUACUCCAGCCAGAAAGACCACUGACGUCUGGGCUCCAAAGACCUCUGAAAUGAUAUUGGCAUCUAGACUUUUCCAGAGAGGCACAGCUGUCCUUCCAAUUCUCCCUACAAAGGUCUGUGGUCUUUCUUACAAGCUGACACCCUCUGCUGACUCAGACGCUUUAUCAAAUUCUCUUUGCCACCAGGGAAGUUGGAAAGGUUUAAUACUGUACACUCUGGGGAAAAUUUCUCCAGAAUUAACAUUUUGUUUUCUCCCUGCCACCAGACCGACCCAUCAUCUUCCCAAGGGCUAGGGCCCUCCCAGAGAAAGCUCUGUGUCCUACAAUCUGCAACGAUAAAACUGUGCUUGGGGAAGUGGAUUAUGUUUACAAUGAUGGUCAUCACUCCAGCCCCUAGAAUGUUUGAAAAACAAAAAUAAGCUUUGCAAGUUGCCUAAGUUCUGCAGAAUCAGCAGGCCCCUGCUGGGACCAAUCAAGAAGUGCCUUUGGAAGAG